UUAUUUUUGCAACUAUUGGUGUAACACAUCCUUGCUGUGGAGUGUACUGGGAUAAAGGAAGGUGUGGGUGAGUGGCAGGCAGAAGUUGAGUUAGGUUUUGAGCGUGAGUAGCUUAAGAUAUUUGUCAGAAAAUUCAAAGACAAUUACAUGUUCUGUCUUCUGCAGUGGUGUCACUUUUCCCCUCUGAGUUUGUCUUGCUGGCCUCCCCAUUUCUAAUGCUUCCUUUUUACGGUUCUAACAGUAACUGUUAACAAGACACACUUAGGGUACGUUUCAAAGUUUUCUUUCCCUUUCCUCAACAGAUUAUAAUCUAACAUUGUAAGAAUAGGCACACAGUUGAAGAAUUGUGCUUUUUAUUUCCUUAUCCAGGAUCAAGUUCAAUAUUCUUUAUUUUUGUUUGCAAAGAUUGUAUUAAGUCAGCAGUAACACAAUUUAACUAGAAAAUUUCUUGUAAAAAAUAGUAAAUAUACCUAUUUUCCUCUUUCUCUUCCACCACAGUAAAUAAACGUUGUCAGAAAACUAUAACAUGGAGAAAGGAAAUUACCAGAAACUUCCCCAGAAAAGCAAAUAAUGCUUAUUUGCCCCUUUAUCCCUACUGAAGCAUUUAAAAUAUGGGAUCAUAUGUAUAACUGAUUCACUUUGUUAUAAAGCAGAAACUAACACACCACUGUAAAGCAAUUAUACUCCAAUAGAGAUGUAAAAAAAAAAAAAAAAAAAAAAAGACGUACACUUAGUCACCACAAACUAGUUGUGCGCAGACCCUUAGGCUUUUGUCUGCUGUUUCUUCUCCCAGCCUCGAGUGCCCAGUCACUCAGGAUGCCCAAGGAUGAGCCAGCACAGCUGAAAGCGACUGCGAGGCCCUGGUCCUCACCCCCAGGGCCCGGGGGCCUAGCGCGCUGAACCCCUGACUGCUGCUGCCCGCGAGCCUCACGGCUGCCCAACGGUCUCUGACCUUGGCCGUGCUUCCAGCGCCCCGCCCAGCGAUGUUCCUCCUCGUUGCCCUGCUUGCUGAGCUUGGAGGGCUACACGCCCUCCAGGAUUCUGAGGGAAUAUUCCUGUAUGUCACAGUUCCACAGAAGAUGAGGUCGAAUGAGAGUGAAGAUUCAGAGAAGCAGGUGACUUAUAUCAUUACAAUUGAUAAAAAACCAUACACUCUGCAUCUCAGGAAACACUCAUUCGUAUCCCAGAACUUUUUGGUUCAUACAUAUAAUGAAACUGGAUCUUUGCAUUCUGAGUCUUCAUAUUUUAAGAUGCAUUGCCAUUACCAAGGAUACGUUGCAGAUUUUCCAAAUUCAGUCGUGACACUCAGCAUCUGUUCUGGACUCAGGGGAUUUCUUCAGUUUGAAAAUAUCAGCUAUGGAAUUGAGCCAUUGGAAUCUUCAGCAAGGUUCGAGCACAUAAUUUAUCAAGUGAAAAAUGACAAUCCAGAUAUGCCAAUGUUAGCAGAAAAUUACAGCAAUAUUUGGCAGAAAGACCAGCCCUAUAAAGUCCAUUUAAACUCACAGGAAAAAACUCUUUCAGAACUAUUACCCCAGUAUCUAGAAAUGCACAUUAUAGUGGAUAAAGCUUUGCAUGAUUAUAUGGGAUCAGAAACGAUGGCUGUAAUGCAAAAAAUUACUCAGCUUAUUGGCCUUGUCAACACAAUGUUUAGUCAGUUCAAAUUGACUGUGAUACUAUCCUCCUUGGAAUUGUGGUCAGAUAAAAACCAAAUUUCUACUAAUGGGGAUGCUGAUGAUUUAUUACAAAGAUUUUUGACAUGGAAACAGGACUAUCUUAUCCUACGGCCCCAUGACGUAACAUUCUUACUUAUUUACAGGAAACAGCCUAAAUAUGUGGGAGCAAUAUUUCCUGGCACAAUAUGCAAUAAAAGCUGUGAUGCAGGUAUUGCUAUGUAUCCAGGUGCAAUAACAUUGGAGGGAUUUUCCGUUAUUAUAGCUCAACUGCUUGGCCUUAAAAUAGGAUUAACAUAUGAUGACAUCCAUAAAUGUUCCUGUCCAAGCACUAUGUGCAUAAUGAAUCAUGAAGCAGUGGUUUCCAGUGGUGUAAAGAUGUUUAGCAACUGCAGCAUGCGUGACUAUAGAUAUUUUGUUUCAACAUUUGAGGGUCAGUGUCUUCAGAACUUUUCAAAACUGAAACCAUUAUAUCAAAAUCAGUCGGUGUGUGGUAAUGGGAUUUUGGGACCUCAGGAAGAAUGUGACUGUGACAGUGAACAGGAUUGUCAGUUUAAGGACUGCUGUGAUUAUAAUACAUGUAAACUGAAAGGCUCAGUAAAAUGUGGUUCUGGAUCAUGCUGUACAUCAAAAUGUGAGAUAUCAGCAGCAGGCACUCCCUGUAGAAAAAGUGUUGAUCAAGAGUGUGAUUUUACCGAGUAUUGCAAUGGGACUUCCAGUGAUUGCAUUCCUGACACGUAUGCCAUGAACGGCCAGUUGUGCAGGUUGGGAACUGCAUACUGUUACAAUGGACGAUGCCAAACUACCGAUAACCAGUGUGCCAAGAUAUUUGGAAAAGGUGCUCAAGGUGCUCCAUUUGCCUGUUUUGAAGAAGUUAAUUCUCUGCGUAAUAGUCUUGGAAACUGUGGUUUUAAAAACUCCCAACCAUUACCUUGUGAACAGAAGGAUGUUCUUUGUGGAAAAUUGGCUUGUGUUUGGCCACAUAAUACUACUUACAAAAGUGAUGUUCGAUCUGCAGUUUAUUCAUCUACUCAAGGACAUGUAUGCCUAACUAUUGGGUCAUCAGUGAGAUCAGGUGGAAGAGAUUAUGCCUAUGUGGCUGAUGGCACUGUGUGUGGUCCACAAAUGUAUUGUAUAAAUAAAACCUGCAAAGAAGUUCCUUUAAUGGGGUAUAAUUGUAAUGCCACUACAAAAUGCAGAGGAAAUGGGAUAUGUAAUAAUUUAGGCAAUUGUCAUUGCUUUCCUGGGUAUAGGCCUCCAGAUUGUGAAUUACAAAUUGGUUCACCGGGAGGAAGUAUUGAUGAUGGAAAUGAUCAUAAAUCUGUUACAGUUUUUACUAAAAAAGGCUACAAUGCACAUCAGAACUGGCUUAUUUUGAGUUUCUACAUUGUUCUGCCCUUUUUCAUAAUUUUCACCAUUAUGAUCAUGAAGCGAAAUGAAAUAAGAAAAUCAUGCAACAAAGAGAGUGCAGAAUAUGAGGGUCAUUCAGCCAUUGUACCAGAGAGUUAUGACGUGGACUAUUAAUGUUGCCAAGAACUUCAUCAUCAAGUGGGUUACAUGCAGAAGAGAAGGUGUUUUGUAACCCUAUGAUACCACUGAAUACGUUUAAAAUGUCAAAUUUUU